AUGAGCUCACCGUUUUUGAUGUUAAAGAAAACGAGGCGCAUUCCGCUGCCGGACUCUCUCAGUGAACAGAGGGGCAGACAAAAAACUCCUUUCAAGAGGAACUUGCUGCAAGAAAUCCAAGCAGAAUUCAUCAUUGAAGACUCUUGUGAUCCAAACCCUCCUCUCUCUUCUCACACUAACUUCACCUCCUCUUCAAAGGCUCACGCUCCAAAGAAACAAGGAGCUCCUCCAGAUGACUUUGAGCUGAUGGCUGCCAUGAUGCAGAGAGUUACUUUACUGGAGGAAAAGGUGAGGAACCAGGCUCAGGAGAUAGAGCGCAAGGAAAGACACGUUUUAGUGUUAGCGAAGGGGCUGAGUGCGCCGGAGGAAUCAGGAAGCGCGCCUUGUUUGAGCUGCAGAGAGAAUGUUGAGAGAAGAUGCCGACUUCAAGAUCGAGUGCAACAAAUGGAGAAGCUCCUGAGUGAUUAUGGUCUGGUCUGGGUGGGAGAGGACAUCAGUGGUUCAGCAGAGAGCGAGCACACUCACAGCUCAGGUGGUGACCUCUGGCAGACAGACACGCCUGCUGACAGGGGCUUCCACGUGAACUUUGACCUCGUGCUGCAGAGGAUCAAGGAGCUGAACUUCCUCACGGGGGAAGGAGAGGCUUUUGUUCAAGCAACAGCAAGUGGAGCAAAGCUAGCCUGGAAGGAUCCUGUUCACCUGAGGCUCUACAGCAACGGCAUUGUGAUGUUCGACGGUCCGUUCCGCUCCUACGAGGAGCACAGCACCCAGCAGUGCAUGCAGGACAUCAUGGAUGGCUAUUUUCCAUCUGAGCUCCAGCACAGAUUUCCAGACGGAGUGCCCUUUGAGGUUCAUGACAAUCGACAUGAGAAAUUUAACCCCCAGCUGCUGUGGGACACAUUUCCUGGUGAAGGAUGGUCUGUUUGUGGGAGGAAAGGUGAGUGGACAAAUGCAGUGAGCUUUCAGUUAGCAGGGAAGAUCGAUCAGUUCCUGAACAAGCUGCCAAAGAUGGUUGUGAAGGCGGGUCGGGUGAUUGACAUAAGAAACUCGCUGAGGAAAAUGAUGCAGGGUUCAUCUGAAACUCAGCACAGCAACUCAGAGAUUCUUGUCGACACGCCAGCGCUGCAGGCAAACCUGGACAGAAGACAGAUGUCCAACUGCGACAAAGCACCUUCUGAAUCCACCGUUACGCUCAGGGUGAGGUCAGAAAAUGGGAAUCAGACGUACAGGGUGGAAAUGUGGCUCUCAGAGACAGUGGGUCACCUGAGGAGCUACCUGGACAAACACAGAGGGACUGACGGGUCUGGUUAUGACAUCAUCAGCGCGUACCCACGACACAGCUUCAGAAAUGACAACCAGACGCUUCUGUCGAGUGGACUUUCAGCAAAUGCUACUCUGCUUCUACAAAAGAGGAAACACAAGUUAAUAAACCAAGUUUGUGUGUGA